UUAUCAUCAUGAGGCUUACAAGAUCUCUGACUACAGUAAUGAUGUUAAUGGGGAUGCCAAAGAAGCACAACCACUUUAUUUAGGAGAUGAAAGUCGGGAGAUUAAAAAACAAAUUACAGGGAUGAGAAGGUUGCUGAAUGACAGUACAGGACGAAUAUACCAGCGAGUUGGCAAAGAAGGAGAAAAAUUGAAGGAAGAACCCCAAGAUUUAGACCUGGCCUGGACUCAGCGUCUGAAUCCUCCUGCAGAAACCCAGGGACCUAUCCACCAAGUAUCGCAGGGCGGCACUUGGAAUGAAUUGUCUCCCCAAACUGGCCACUAUUCAGGGCAGUAUGGCACGCGUUCGAAAACCUUCCAAAACCAAGCCAGAACCGUGGGUACAAACGGAGAAAUUCCAGCAGCCAACUCCUCCUCUGGAUCAAACUGUUGUACUUGUAAUUGCCAGCCGGCUUUGCAGGCCAUUCUUCAGGAGCUCAAGACUAUGAGGAAGAUCAUGCAGAUUCAAGCCGUUGCUGCUCAGAACAGACAACAGCCUCCGGUUCCUCUGGUUUGUUCACAGAAAUCAACAGUGUCAAGAAAGAGAAAUAAAAAGAAAAAAGUGCUCCCAAAGACUGUUGAACCUCCUACUGUGAAUAAGAAGCUCAGCGCUGUAGAGAAUGAAAAAAGGGUACCAGCGAAUUCUGACAGAUCGAGCGUGCAAGUCGCCGAAUCCUCCUUGAAACUGGAGCCACAGGUUUCAGGAUUUGGCAUUGUCCUUGAAUCUUCAUCUUCGGAUCCAGAAGUACAGCUUGCUGAAGGUUUUGAUGUUUUUAUGCCUAAAUCACAACUGGACUCUAUAUUAGCAAAUUACACUCGCUCAGGAAGUCUGCUGUUUCGAAAACUCGUGUGUGCGUUUUUUGAUGACAAGACUUUGGCCAACUCUUUGCCCAAUGGCAAAAGGAAAAGAGGUCUCAAUGACAACCGAAAAGGACUAGACCAAAAUAUUGUGGGUGCAAUAAAAGUGUUCACAGAAAAAUACUGUACUGUAAACCAUGUGGAUAAACUGCCUGGCCCAAGAGACUGGGUACAGAUUCUGCAGGAUCAAAUCAAGCUGGCAAGAAGACGGUUGAAAAGAGGAUCAGCAGAGACAACUGAUGGCGAUGAGAAACUGGAUAUAUCUCUGCUAGAGGCAGGUAAAUGACACUGAGGUACCCUCUUUGAUGCCACACCUUCUGCACCAGUGUUUCAUUAGCAUAUUCAGACCUUUGUUUGUUUGAGAUGAUGCCAGCAACAUUUCUAGAUUACUUCAUUAUCCGGGUUCUCCUGUUUCAUGAUCUCAGAUCAUUUUUUUUUCAUGCUUUUCUAAUGUGGAAUAAUUAAGCAACAAAUUACUUUCCUUUUAAUUUAAUCAAAAUAACUAGAUUUGUUCAGUAGCAAGGCUAUAGUGCAAUUAGUCUGGUAACCAAUGUGAUAGAAUGAAUUUUGCUUUUAUGAUGGCAUUUUCCCCACAUAAAUACAUGCAUGCUGGCUAUUCUAUUUAAAUAGGGAAAAAAUAAUAAUAAAGGCUUCUCUGAAUCUUAGAAGAGAGCUCUUAACACCUCCAUUUCAUAUAGACUUUUUUGUGCAGAAAUCAUGGGACCAUAAAUAAAACUUCUAAGAAAUUUAAUGGGUCUUAACCCUUUUCUGAGUUAAGCCUUCCCUUUUUUCCCCUUGAACUGUAAAUUUCUACUUGGGUAAAGAUAUUAACUUUUCCUCAGAAUAAGAUGCAGAAUCUCUGUCAUUGUAUUUGAUCAUAAGAUACUAAUUAACACUACUAGCAUUGCCAUGUUUAAUCCAGAUCAAAUACUCCUAAAUAUGACAAAUUGUUUUCCAUAUUUUGUAGUCCCCGUACCUUUUCCAUGGUAUUUGAGUCUUGUAAUACCACCUUGUAGUUCCAAAAAAGAGUAUUUCAGGAAUCAUUCAUAGAAUCAUUGGGUUGGGAGGGACCUCGAAGGUUUUCUAGUCCAACCCCUGCCCAGGGCAGAAGCCUUGCCAGUCAUUUCAGAAGCACUUCCCAUAACAUUUGUCUAGUUGGUUUGCACAAAUGUUCACGUCUUCCUCCUUGCCUAACUCCUCCAGAGCGCCUUGGACAGCCCUUCCUUAUCAAAGGAGGACAUGCGUGUAGACAUGUAUCUUAGUCUCCCUUUGUCCUUGAAUUUUUGUUCAGCUUCUCAGUAAAGGCAGGAUUUCUCAUCCCUUUGCUCUGAUCUUAGUUGGUUUAUAUACUUAGUCUACAAGAAUGGUUGGGCAGGAGUAAUUACUGCUGCUCAUAUGAGAUGUUGUACAAGCUUAUUGGCCGUCUAUAGACAUUUCUUCAUGUAGGCCUGAUUUCAGCCAUCUUUGAGGGGGAAGACUUGCACAGAUUGAGUCUUUGCAUACUCUCUGUAUAGUGUGCAAGUUACCUGAAAAUGUACAGGAGUAAAAAUUAAUGUAUUCUGUCUUCAUUGAACUAAGAAUCCUCAACUCUGUCAACAUGUGUGCACCUAGCCAUAUUAUUUUCCAUUCCCCCUUUUCUGCUAGACUGUGGGGAUUGGGAAUUCUGAGAGCUGCAGUCAGAAUAUUUAUGGAAGAAACCAAAUUUGGGGAGAUUCUUUCCAUCUGCAUACACCUCCUUAUUCUAUUCCUUAAGAGCUGAUACAAUAUUUUGGGUCUAUGUUAUAUGUCUGUUUUCAAACAAAAGCUGGCAUGAGAAUGCAUCCACUAAUCUUUAAGAUGAUUACACUCCAAAGUCUCACAAACUCCACCUGAAUAUAUUUGUAUUUCUGUUACCUUUGAAGAUCCCAGUAUCUGUCCUAUGUUCUAUAUGAGAAGCUGUUUGGUCAUACUUCAGAUGAAGGGUUAAUGCUACAUACAUGAGAAAUUCAUUGAUAUUCAUCAUAGACAUCUCUAGCAGAAUCUAUUGGUGUGCUUAGGAAUCCUCUUUUCAGCUUGCUAAUCUUGGACUGAAAGUAAUCAUUUCUGCAGUUCAAUAAUGUUUUUAUAAAUUUUUAAACUUAAUACAGUACAACCAAUUUAUUACUGAAAUGUGGCUGUCUUUUCUUGAUGACAUGAUAAACUUGGCUAGUGCUGUAGUCUUUAAGAAGACCAUUUCCUUCUUUGAGGCUGAUGGAACUGCCCCUCUAUGAAUGAAAAUUCUUGGUCUUUUCCAUAAAUCUACAAAUGAGGCAUACGUAUUGUAACAAUUAACCAACAAUCAGCAGUCUUAUGAAUCUUAAAAACAAUUGUAUUUGUGUUGACUUAACUGUGACUACUGUUAAAACUUUUAUCCAGAAGUCUUUUUAUAGGUUUUAUUAGGAAAAUCAUUCCAUAUUUAGGUAAAAGUCUCAAUCUUAUGUAUAUAUGUUUUAUUAAUAUGUACAUAUUUAGCUAUUUUUUAAAUUACUAUGUUCUUAAUAAAACCAACAAGGGACUAGCUGUGAAAUGGUGCAUAAGAUUGUGUUGUGUUAUCAAUCUCUGGGAAUCUCUCUUUGUCAAGUUCAGCAAAAUAAUAAUAAUAAAUUACGCUAAUUUAAUCAGA